AUGGAAGCGUUGUUAAACUUUCUAAUUGAACUAUAUGAGCGCAUUAUUAAGGCGCAAACUAACUUCAAAAAGAGCCCAAAAGAUCGAAUUACUAAACAGUAUUUAGAGGGAAGAUUAGAAUUAAUCGAGCAAACGUGGUUCGAAUUUUUAUCUGGUCAUAAGGAGCUAAAGCGUAAUUCAGAUCAAAAAUUAUUACUAGCACACGCACUUGCAUUUUGUAAAGAGUUUUCUAAGGAAACUGUGGACGCGCGUGGAAAAUUCGUAGAAAGUAAUAAAGCAUGCUUUAAUUGUUUGGGUAGCAAUCAUUCUGCCAAGUUUUGCCGUACCAACGUAAGGUGUCACGUUUGCAAAAGGAAACACCAUUCACUUUUGCACCCUAGUGGGAAAGCUAUUUCUAAGACCAUCGAGGAUAGGGAACAGGGCGUGUCAGAAGAAGAAAUUGCAGCUUCUUCGCAACAAGUAGGUGAUUCAAAGGUUCAAGAAACGUCAGUCUCUUGUUUUUCUUCAGGCAGAGUUUACAAUCAGGCUCUUCUAGCAACUGCACUUGUAAGAGUCAAGUCUAAAACAAGUAGCAACACAGUGCGAGCUCUACUUGAUCAGGGCUCGCAAUGUUCUUUCAUAACGGAGUCAACCGUACAGCGCUUGGGAUUGAGAAAAACUCAGAUUUUAGGACAAAUAUCCGGAUUGGGCGAACACGAGACAACUUCCAAGGCUAUGGUUAUUAUAGAACUUCAAUCACGAGUUGACUCUAACUUUAGAAUUAAAGUAGAAGCCUUUGUUUUGAAGACAAUAACGGCUCCGUUACCAACAUGCAAGAUCGACCCAUCAAGUUGGAUUGAACUUGAAGGCCUAGUCUUGGCUGAUCCAGAGUAUCAUACUCCAAGUCAUAUCGAUAUGUUACUAGGAGUAGUGCAACCUCAGCCCAAGGUGGGUGACGUUGUUUUAGUAAAAGAGGACGGAUUACCACCCUGCCGAUGGCUAUAUGGCAGAGUGAUUGAAACUCAUCCUGGAAAGGACAAUUUGGUCAGAGUAAUAACGUUAAAAACAAAAAAUGGAACAUUUAAGCGUCCGAUUUCCAAAGUGUGUCUGCUUCCGAUUGCGACUGAAUAA